UCCCCAGCCCACCCACCCCCCUGUACAGAAUGUCUGCUUUGGGUGCGGUUUUGUACUCGGUUUGGAAUGGGGAGGGAGGAGGGCGGGGGGGAGGGGAGGGUUGCCCUCAGCCCUUUCCGUGGCUUCUCUGCAUUUGGGUUAUUAUUAUUUUUGUAACAAUCCCAAAUCAAAUCUGUCUCCAGGCUGGAGAGGCAGGAGCCCUGGGGUGAGAAAGGCAAAAAACAAACAAAAAAACAAAACCCUGGAGUGUUAGGAGGAGAGUGAAGGUAGAGGGGUGAGGAAGGGUAAGGGGCAGGGCUGGUUUGGAGCUGGGGGCUCUCACCAACCCUCCUUUCAGCCUCUACAACAGAGCAGCUUCCCAGACUUUUCCAGAAACCCAGAAACGGGAUGAUUGUCGACAAAGGUUGGGAGUGGCUUUUCCUCUGGUAGCCAUGCACCUGAACAUACAAACAAGGAGGCAGGUGCCACCCUGACACCCCUCUUCCAUAGCAAUGGGAAAGUGAUGAGUAGGGGAGUCCUGAGGAGAUGUGGCCUGCAGAAGACACGCAGCCAUGCAAGGACCCAGGAGUUUAACCUGGGGAGGACGCAGGUCCCUGCAAGGAAGAGUAGAUUUGGAGAGGAAGGCAAUGAACAAAGCCAGUCCCUUUCCAUAGGAACUGCCCUUGGAGAUUGCAGAGGGUGGCUGCCCCUCCUUGCUCCAGCAGCUGUGGGAGAGGCACUGCUCUGGGGCCUGCACUGCCUCUGCUUCCCCUGCUGAGGGGCCCCUCACUCUUACCCAAGACUCUGGAUUGUUGCAUGGCAACCACUCCUCCCAUGGCAUUGCUCAGCAACUACUCCUCCCAUCCUGGCCACCCUGUGCCCCCUUCCUGGUCCCAACGCCAGCCCUUAGUCCUUCCUCCCUCAGCAGCCAGGCAGACAUAACAACAAAACUACUAAAAGGAACUUCACUGCACUGAGCUGUUUCCUGCCCAGACUAAGGGAAUAAUGUGAACUGUGUGCACGUGUGUGUAGUGUGUAUACUUGUGUGCAUGUGUGCGUGUGUGUGCAUGUGCGUGUGAGUGAGAGGCAGAGCGAGGGACUGAGGAGGAGGGCUAAGAGCCAGGGGUCCUGGGCAAGUGGACAGGGCUGUGGGACAUGUCGGGGAGGCUUUGGGAAUGGGGUAUUCCUAGUCAGGGUUCACACCUCACCUGGGAUGUUGUUCCAUGCUGGUAUUUCCUCUGCCACCCCCAAUGUCCAUCCGUCUUGGAGAAAGGAGUCCCUGGGUGUGUGUUUGCCCAGCUGUCCAUUCUAUCUCUCCCUGAAACCUGAAACACAGAGCAUUCAGCCCUUCCCUGGAUUUCCCUCCUCUGAGCCAUGGAGUCAGUGCCACAGCCUUUGCUAUGCACCUCUCAGGCCUCUCCUUGGCGUUGACCCUGGAACGACCUACCACCACCUAUUUUUCCCAUAGUCUGUACCCAGUGAGUUGAAGGCUGGAUCCCCACCCUUCCUUUUGGUUUCCUGUCUUCCUUCUCAUGGCCCCAGCUGGUUGCCGUGGAGAUGAGGUUCCUGGUCCUCCCUGUCCUGGCCGGACUGCCCCGCCUCAGAUCCAGGAUGCCCUUGGCAUCGCUCCCACCCUCUGCCAGCUUUUCCUCCCUGCUCUGACAACGGGCAUGCAAAAAGGGGCAGCUGCAAUCUAGCAGGUCUGCCCACCCCCUUCAGUUCAGGUAAUACCGUUUUGAAUCUUCCAGCCGCUGGUUAGGGCCCUGGGCACCACAGGCAGCCCCUCACCUAAGCCAGGGCCUACUCCUCUUACAACAGCAAGGGGGCCCUGGGGCCCCAGGCCUGUCGAGCUUCUUGUCUCCCAGCACCUGCUUUUGGGAAAAUGACUUUUCCUCUUCAAGCUGAACCACUCUGUCCAUAUUACACAGAAGCCAUAUUUGUACGGGGGGUGGGAGGGAGAGGGGCUCUUGUGCUGUGUGUGUCUGUCCAAGGUGGGGGGUGGGGAAGGGAGCAGGGAGGGGACCGUGUAUCUUUAUAAUCUUUCUAACUCUCCUGUGCUAAUCUCAGAGGGGCCACCCUCAAUAUAUCUGGAUUAUCCGUGUCGUUCAGCUGCCUCCUUUCUGCUCCUCUUGCUGCUGCUGGGAUGUGUGUAUGUGAGAGUCUUCUUCCCCUACCCCUUGCACGUGGUGCCUGGUGCCUCAAAAGGUGGUGUGUCCCUUGCCAGGCCACUUUCAAGGAUAUCUAUGUACAGCAACAAUAUAACUCGCCAAGGGAGAGAAGUGUGUUCACCUCCUUUUGCUAAGCCCUUCCUUUCCGGAGAGUGUCUUGGGGGGCGUCUGACUGCUUCCCCCCACCCUCUGCCAGGCAUUGCUGGAGAGUGUUGAGACGGCGAUGGAGACACCAUCAACCCCACCCUGGAGAGCAUCACCAGACACCACCAGACCAAACUCACUUUCCAGCCCCUUCAUGUUGAACCUGAAACUUGAGCUAGUGUCUGGGGAGAAAAGGGGGAAAUCUCUACGAGGUACCCAUCCUUCUGCACCUUGGGUCUGAGGUGCUUGGCCCCUUAGGAAGCCCUACAUGAAUGGGACAGAAGGUCCUUAAAAACACUGGGGAUGAAGCAGCCGAUGCUGUUUUGGACAAAUGGAACAGUGUCCCCUAACCAGCCCUUUCUAUCUCAUUGCGCUGACUUGGACAUGCCAUGGCUCACCAUUCCCAAAGUCCCCACUGUGUCUCCCCAACUGAGGAAAUAAAAGCAGAGAGGGGUGAUGAAACAGUGAAGAUCCUGGGGAAACAGCUGAGGAGGGGAGGCAGGGGGAAGAGGCCACUAAAAAGAAGUGAAAUGGGCCUAGGAGAAUCGGCCUGCCUGCAGGGUAGAUGCUCUUUCUCUCUGCUGGCCACCUCUGCCCCUCAGUGAGAAACUUUGCAUAUUGCUAAGAUGCCUGACCAAUGAAGCAGUUUCAGAGACUUUAUGUCCCUCAGUAGAAAUAUGAAUAAGAUCACCCUGUGGGCAAUGGUCCCAUUUUAAAAUAUGCUGUCCCAUUGUCCCCUAGAGCCUACUUUAACUUGUCAGACCAUGUAUUCCACUUCGUAUGCAAGAGGCAUGCACCGAGCCUAUAGGUGGCUAGGCAUACACUCAAUAGCUCCCUGAAAUGGCUUCAUUAGGCAGCCUCGACAGCCACCCCAGCCCUCCCACUCUCAUACUGAAACACUCAGACCUAGAGAUAGCCAGACACACCCAGACACCCGCCAAGCCCCUCACAUACAGAUAUGUGCACACUGAUACACAGCAAACGUACACAGAGAUCAGCACACACAAAGAGCCCACGCCCACAUGCACACACCCCUCAGGUGGGACGGAUUCGACCACCACCACCUUUCCCCCAAACACAUGGCUCUUGAACUGCCUUUCCUUGGAUCAAGUUCAAGGGGAUGGAGGAGCAGUGAGAGUCAGCCGCCCUUCCAUUCCAAUUUCCCAGCACCUCCCUUAUCUCUGCUUCACAAGUCACCCAGCCCCCCUCUUUUCCUUCCUUGUGCUUGAAGAGUCUCUACUUGGUGGAAAACCCCCUGGUUUCUCAACCUCCCUUUCCACUUCGGUAAAAUGCCCACUUUCUGGUCCCCACCUUUUUCCUGAGUGCAGUCCCGACCAGUCAAAUCCAAUCUCAAAACAGGAAGCCCCGAGGCCAGUGCCCCCCGUAGACUUGAGGCUUGUGCAGGCAGUGGGCGUGGGGUAAGGCUUCCUGAUGCCCCCUGUCCCUGCCCGGAACCUGAUGGCCCUCAUUAGUCCUUGGCUCUUAUCUUGGAAGCACAGGAGCUGACAGCCGUCCCAGCCCUUCUGUCUGUGAACCAAACGGUGCCAUGGGGAACUGUCUGCACCCGGCGGAGCUCUCCCCCUCAACUCAGAACUCAAGUCAGCUGAACAGUGAAGAUUUAUGGAAUUCUUCCUACUAUGGGAAUGAUUCCUUCCCAGAUGUAGACUACGAUGCCAACCUGGAAGCAGCUGCCCCCUGCCACUCCUGUAACCUGCUGGAUGACUCUGCACUGCCCUUCUUCAUCCUCGUCAGUGUCCUGGGCAUCCUAGCUAGCAGCACUGUCCUCUUCAUGUUUUUCAGACCUCUCUUCCACUGGCAGCUCUGCCCUGGCUGGCCUGUCCUGGCGCAGCUGGCUGUGGGCAGUGCUCUCUUCAGCAUUGUCGUGCCCAUCUUGGCACCAGGGCUAGGUAGCACCCGCAGCUCCACCCUAUGUAGCCUGGGCUACUGUGUCUGGUAUGGUUCAGCCUUUGCCCAGGCUUUGCUGCUAGGGUGCCAUGCCUCCCUGGGCCCCAAACUGGGUGCAGGCCAGGUCCCAGGCCUCACCCUGGGGCUCACUGUGGGCCUUUGGGGAGUGGCUGCCCUACUGACACUGCCUAUCACCUUGGCCAGUGGUGCUUCUGGUGGACUCUGCACCCCAAUAUACAGCAUGGAGCUGAAGGCUUUGCAGGCUACACACACUGUAGCCUGUCUUGCCAUCUUUGUCUUGUUGCCAUUGGGUUUGUUUGGAGCCAAGGGGCUGAAGAAGGCAUUGGGUAUGGGGCCAGGCCCCUGGAUGAAUAUCUUGUGGGCCUGGUUUAUUUUCUGGUGGCCUCAUGGGGUGGUUCUGGGACUGGAUUUCCUGGUGAGGUCCAAGCUGUUGCUGUUGUCAACAUGUCUGGCCCAGCAGGCUCUGGAUCUGCUGCUGAACCUGGCAGAAGCCUUGGCAAUUUUGCACUGUGUGGCUACACCCCUGCUCCUUGCCCUAUUCUGCCACCAGGCCACCCGCACCCUCUUGCCCUCUCUGCCCCUCCCUGAAGGAUGGUCUUCUCAUCUGGACACCCUUGGAAGCAAAUCCUAGUUCUCUUCCCACCUGUCAACCUGAAUUAAAGUCUACACUGCCUUUGUGAA